CUGUAGUCCCGGAGGCCCACCCGGUGGCGGGGGUGGUGCUCCGGCGAAGCGGCGCUUUCGGGCGGGAUCCCGCCCUGCCCGCCUGGCUGCCCCUCCGGGUUGGGAGAGCCCGCUUGGCACCGUGAGGCUUAUCUGUGGGUGCCUCGGGAGCGCUGACUUUCCCUGCACCCAGGAGAAUCCGGGUUCGCGGGAGAGUCCGAUGGCGUCGCCUGGCAGCGGCCACCGUCAUUCUCCGGGAGCGAUACUGCAUUGACUUUCAGGUAUAUGAGAAAUCACUGUGGCCCACAGCAAACAGCAGGAAAAAAAAAAAAGCCGUACCUUCAGUAUGGCACCCAUUUUAGACUGGAAGAAGCUCAUGAAAGUUGAUCCAGAUACUCUGCCUCGUCAAGAGGAACUAGCAGAGAGAUUGCUGGAUAUCAUGUCCAAGGUUGAUGGGAAAGACUUAAAAACUGAAGCUCCAGAAAAAGUGAUACACCUUUUUAAAAUUACUCAAUCACUACUGAAGAUGAAAACUCAAGAGGUAGAACUGGCACUAGAAGAAGUUGAAAAAGCCGGGGAAGAGCAAGCCAAAUAUGAGAAUAAUUUUAAAACCAAGCUGAUAAAACUUCAAAAAGAAUUAGAGGUGGCACAAAAAUCUGCUGGUGGUCGUGAUACUCGUUUUUUGCGUGAUGAGAUCCACCAACUGGAAAAACAAUUGGAACAGAAAGAGAGACAGUUAACAGAUACAGAAAAAGAGUUGGAAAAGGAGAAGAAAGUGAAUGAACAGCUUGCUCUUCGAAUUGAAGAUGCUGAAAAUGAAAACAUCAGAUUCAGGAGAGAGAAUGAACAAUUGCGUCAGGAUGUGGUUGACUAUCAGAGGCAAAUAGAUUCUCAAAAAGAAGCAAUUCCAUUACAAAGAGGAGAGGUUUCUGGUUACACAUCACAGCUGUCCAGAAGAAGCUCUGAGCUUGUCCAGUAUUUGGAUGAAAUUCAGAAUCUGACUGAAGCUAAUGAGAAGUUAGAGAUUCAAAACCAAGAAAUGAGGAAAAACCUUGAGGAAUCGGUGCAAGAAAUGGAGAAGAUGACUGAUGAAUAUAGCAAAAUGAAACUAAUUGUGCAACAGUCUGAUAUUAUUAUGGAUGAGUUAAGAAAAGAGAAAGAUCGGUACAAAUUUCAAGUUCAGGAUCUUUCAGACCAGCUGAAAGCAAAGAAUGAGGAAGAUGACCCACUCAUGGCAGCUGUAAAUGCAAAAGUUGAAGAAUGGAAGAAAAUCUUAGCUUCAAAAGAUGAUGAACUCCUAGAGUAUCAGCAAAUGUUAUUUAACUUGGAAGAGAAAAUGAAAAUGGUCCAACUUGAUGUAGACAGAAACAAUAUACUGUCCCUUCAGCAGGGUGUGCAAGAACGAGAUGCGCAGAUAAGAUUGCUCACUGAGCAAGUUGAACAGUAUACCAAAGAAAUGGAGAAAAAUGCGUUCAUUAUUGAGAAAUUAAAAUAUGAUCUCCAAAAAGAUAAAGGUCACUCAUCUCUUCCUCAGCCAAAUCAAAUUGGGGAUAUGCAAGAAAAGUUAAAAAUACUAGAAGAGAGAACUAUGGAGGCGGAGAAAUCAGCAGAAUUGGCAGAAGCACAUGCUAGAGAAAAAGACAAAGAGCUUGUUGAGACAUUGAAAAGAAUGAGAGACUAUGAACUGGGAAUAUAUGGUUUGGAAGAAGCUGUUGCUGAAAUCAAAGAUUUAAGAAAGCAAGUCAAAAUACGAGAACAUGAGAUUGAGUCACUAAUUAAGGAAGUCAAUAAACUUGAACUUAAAAUAAAUGACUUUCUUGAUGAAAAUGAAGAACUCAGAGAGCGCUUAGGUCUUGAGCCAAAGACAAUGAUUGAUUUAAAUGAAUUCAGAAACAGCAAAGCACUGAAGCAGCAGCAAUGUAGAGCUGAAAACCAGAUUCUUUUGCAAGAGAUUGAAAGACUGGAAGAGGAAAGAAUUGAACUGAAAAAACACAUUCGUAAGAUGGCUCAGGAGAAAGGAAGAAGAGUUGCAACAAUAGGUUUGGAUGCUGAUAAUAUCCAGAUGACUGAUAGCUUUACUGAAGAGAAAGGGAAGAACAUGAGGAAGUUGGAUUUUUUGAACAGACAUGACAUUGCUGAAGUAGAAGCAAAGAAUGAAUAUCUUGCAACUGAAUUACGUGAGAGAGAGAGAGAUUUGGAGAAGAACAGGACUGUAAUGGCCAAAUUUCAAUCUAAAUUGAAAGAGUUAUCAGAAGAGAAUAAACAACUUGAACAAGGAAUGAAAGAAAUACUGCAAGCCAUCAAGGAAAUGCAGAAGGAUUCUAGUACGAAGGGAGGAGAAACAGCCUUAAUAAUCCCUAGUUUGGAUCGCUUAGUUCAUGCAAUGGAGUCAAAGAAUUCAGAUGGGAUCUUUGAUGCUAGUGUGCACUUGAAAGCCCAGGUUGACCAGCUUACAGGACGAAAUGAGGAAUUGAGACAGGAGCUGAAGGAGACUCAGAAGGAGGCAACAAGUUUGUCUAAUCAGCUGGCAAGUGCCAAUGAAAAGAUUGAACAAAUGAAAAAUGAAAUUUGCCUACUCCAUCAGUCAGAAGGUGCCAAUAUUGUCUUCCAAACAGUGACUCUCCCAGAAGGAAUGGCUCCUUCAAGUGUUAAUACAAUUAAUUCUCUAAAUGAAUAUUUAAUACAUCUUACACAGGAACUGGAAAACAAAGAAAAGUUACUUAAACAAUUAGAAGAUGCAGUAGAGGACUACAAGCGAAAAUUUGCAGUAAUUCGUCAUCAACAAGGCUUGCUGUAUAAAGAAUAUCAAAGUCAAAAGGAAAGCUGGCAAAAAGAAUCAGAAAAUAUUAAAGAGGAAAUGAAAAAACUAGAAGAGCAAAAAGAACAAGAUGCUACGAAAAUAAAAGCAUAUUCUAAUUUGCUCAAUGCACUUCAGAUGGAUCCUGAUGAAACAAAGAAAGUACUUGCAGAAAAUAAUAGAAAAAUAACUGUUUUACGAGUUAAUGAAAAAUCACUAACAAGGCAGUGUACCACUUUACUUGAAAUGGAACAGCACCUCAGAAAAGAAAAUGAAAAGCUAAAGGGUGAAAUAACACAUAUGGAGACUGCAGUUACAGGGAAGAUUGGAAACUUACAACGAUUCAAGGAAAUGGCUUGCUUUAAGAUUGCAGCUCUGCAAAAGGUGCUGGAUGGUAGUGUGCCAUUGUCUGAGCUGGAAGUGGCCAAUAAGCAGUACAAUGCAUUAACUGCUAAAUACAGAGAGAUUUUACAAAAAGAUAAUUUGCUUGUGCAACGGACAACAAACAUGGAACACAUGGAGCGUGAGAAUGAAUCCUUGAAAGCACAGAUAAAUUCAUUGAAUAAGGAGCUGGAGAUCACGAAAGAAAAACUUCACACUGUAGAACAAGCUUGGGAGCAGAUGACCGAACUGGGGGAUGACAAUGCCAUGGACAAAGCCACAAAAGCAAUAACCAACAGUGAGAUUUUGUCCAUCUCUAAGAAAAUCACAAUGUUGGAAAUGAAGGAACUAAAUGAAAGACAGAGAGCAGAACAUUCACAACGAAUGUAUGAACACUUAAGGUGUACUGUAAAGCAAAUAGAAGAACGUAAUUUUGAAUUGGAAACAAAAUUUGCUGAGCUCACCAAAAUCAAUCUUGAGGCACAGAAAGUGGAACAGGAAUUGAGAGAUGAAUUGUCAAAGAGUGUAAGUAAGGCAGUAAGUGAUGCAGAUAGACGACAAAUUAUGGACCUAGAGAAGCGUGAGAUGGAGCUCAAGAUUGAAGUAUCAAAGUUAAGAGAACUGUCUGAUGUAGCACAAACACAAGUUGAAGCUCUGGAGGCUCGCCAGCAAUACAGAGAUAAAGAAGUGGAAUAUCUUAGAAUGCAAAUUUUAGAUUAUCAGGCACAGUCAGAUGACAAAGCAGUAAUUGCAAAACUGCAUCAACAUAUCGUAGCCCUUCAAGGUAGUGAAUCUGUUGCUGUAAGCAAAUUGGAGAAGCUUAAAUUGAAACUACAGAAGAUGGAGAUCCAUAAUCUACGUUUAGAGCAGAAACUUGAUGAGAGAGAUCAAGCUUUAUAUUUUGCCCGACUUGAAGGAAGAAAUAGAGCCAAACAUCUACAACAGACGGUUCAGUCUUUGCGGCGGCAGUUUAGUGGUGCUCUGCCUCUAGCACAGCAAGAAAAAUUCUCUAAAACAAUGAUUCAGCUACAGAAUGACAAGUUGAAGAUCUUGGAAGAAGUUCAGCAUGCCCAGCAGGAGCGUCGAAAUGCGGAAAACAGAGCAUUGGAGCUGGAGUUGAAACUGAAAAGUUUAGAAGAAUUAGUAAAUGCACUGAAAGAUACAAGAGGAGCUCAGAAGGUAAUUGAAUGGCACAUGAAAAUGGAGGAACUCCAUCUUCAGGAACUUAAACUCAGUCGAGAAUUAGUCAAGCAAAAAGAAGAGGUGAAGUAUUUGCAUAAUAUAAUUUCUGAAUAUGAAUGUACAAUCAAUAACCUGGAAGAAGAAAUUGUACAGCAGAACAAGUCUCAUGAGGAAAGGCAAAUGGCUUGGGACCAGAGAGAAGUAGAACUUCAGCGCCAGUUAGACCAGCAUGAUCAUCAACAAACUGAAAUACUUAGUACAGCUUCAAAGCUAGAAGAGGCUACGGGCUCAGUUCCAGACCCUAGUUUGCCAAUCCCACAACAACUUGAGCUGGCUUUACGAAAGAUACAGGAACAUAUUCGAACAAUCGAGGAAACUAGGGCAACAUGCAGAUCGCUGGAGGAGAAAUUAAAAGAAAAGGAGAUCGCUCUGUGGAAAGCUGAACAAAAUGUUAUAUCAAGAGACAAAGUUAUAAAUGAAUUAAGACUUCGAUUACCUGCAGCAUCAGAAGAGAAAAUAAUGGCUGAAUUAAGCAAGCAAGAAGAUGACUCAGAGUACCAUCAUGCCAUUAAAAUUGCUCAUCAAACCAUUGCAAAUAUGCAAGCAAGAUUAAAUCAAAAGGAGGAAGUGUUAAAAAGAUAUCAACAUUUGCUUGCUAAAGCAAGAGAGGAACAAGAGGAAAUAGCAAAGAAGCAUGAGGAAGACGUAAGAGUUCUACACCAGAAGUUAGAUUUGUACACUGACAAUUCCCUUAAUAAAUUCAAAGAAACUGCUUUGGAGUUAGGAAAAAGGACUUAUAUGUCCCUAUCCGACAACAAAUAUUUUCAUCACUUAGAGCAAACUGUAGCAGAACAGGAUAGUUCUCUUGCUUCACUUGUUGGAAAAUUAAAGAAAACUUCAUCUGAUUUGGAGAAACAAAAACAAAUUACUGUAUUGAAAAUCAAUGAGUUUGAGACAAUCAGAGCCCAGCUUGAAGAAAAGCACACAGUUGAUGUGGAACAAAUGAAAGAAGAAGCAAAUGAACUGAGGAAAAUAUUAUCUGAGAAGGAGAAGGAAUUAGCAAAUGUUAAAGCUGAAUUAGAGAUCCAAAAAGAAGCAAAUAACAGAGCACCCACAGCAACACUGAAAAACCUGGUGGAACAGUUGAAGAGCCAGUUAGCCAUAAAAGAGAACCAGCACAAAGGUUUGAGUAAAGCACUUCUAGAACUCCGAGCAGAAAUGACGGCCAAUGCUGAACAGCAAAUUAUUUCUGCUGCAUCACAAAAAGAGGCUUAUAUGAAUGUCCAGGAGAUUGUUGACAGAGAAACAAAGGGGCUUACGACACAGAUAGAGGAAUUGAAUAAUCAGAUUACAAAACUUACAGAUAACCUUAAAAUAAGUAAAAACAAGGAAACUUCGUUGACUGAUGAAAGGGAUGAGUUAAACCAAGAGCUUCAGAAAAAAGAAAAAGCCAUUGUUAAAAUAUCGAGGGAAAAACAUGAAAUAGAAAAAGAAAAUGAAGAACUGAAGAACCGGAUUAGGAGGCUAAGCAGUAGCAUUCAGAGCAAAGCUGAUGAACAAAAUCUGAUAGACGUGCUUCAGAAAAAAAUUAAAAAGUUGGAAAGUGAACUUGAGAAAAAGUGUGAAGAAACAGAAAAAAGGGGCCUAAGAGAAGACAAGACCUCCAAGGAGGAAAUAAUUAGAUGGGAUGAAGGCAAAAAAUGGCAAAUCAAAAUGGAAGGAUUGCGGAACAAACUAAGGGAAAAGGAAAAAGAAGGAGAUGCUUUGGCCAAACAAUUGAAUACAUUGAAGGAAAUUUAUACAAAGACUGAAAAAGAGAAAAUUGCUCUACAGAAGAAACUGAAAACUACUGGUAUCACUGUUGACCGUGUUGUUGGGGUAAGAGCCACAGAAACUGAAAAAGAAGUGGAAGAGCUGAGAAAACGGAAUCUAGAGUUAGAAAAUGAAGUUGCACACAUGAGAACACUGCAGGCAAUCCCACGAGACUCUGUUGUAGAAGAUUUGCACUUCAAAAAUCAAUACCUCCAGGAAAAGCUUCAUGCAUUACAGAGACAACGUUCAAGAGAGACGUUUUUGAGACCCUUGAGUACAUCUGACCAAACUGAACUGACCAAGUCUGUUCCUAUCACUGUCAGUAAAAAAAAGUAUCUGAAUUUCCUUCACAUGAAAUCUAUUUCAAAUAGGGAUGAAAUCACACAUCAGACUAAUAAUAGAGUUACUGAUGGCAGUGAAGUAGAUGAGGACACAGAAAUGCAAACAUGCAUCAUGCAUAAUGAAGGCCAGGAGGAGGCUGCUGCAGAUGUAAGCAGAGAAGUGUCUCCUGAACAGCACCCUGAAGAUAGUGAGAAAUACAAGGACACAGAUAAUUCUAGGGAAGGACUGAACAACAAAAUUAUAACUGAGGCUGGUAAAGAGAACUGUGGUGAAAAAGAAGAAAAUUUCACACAACCUGAAAAUGGAAAAGUUAAUGAGAAAUGUGAAGAAGAAGAGAAUAAGCAAGAAAUCUUCAAGCAAUCAAAUGUGGAUGAAGGAGAAUGUGUAGAAGAGCCUGAUACUGACAAAAUGAGCUGCAAUCAGUCUGAUUCAGGGGAACCCCCUAAACAAGCUAAUGACUGUGAAGCAGAGAAAAUAAAUAAGAAUACUGAAAUGAGUCAACACACUGCAGAGAAUAAGCAGGAAGAUGACAGAAGCUGUACAGAAGGGGUUGAAACAACCCCAGAAUUUUAUGAAAUGCCCGAGGUUUGAUACUGUAGUGGCCCUCUAGCAUUUCUUCGUUACAAAUGUUGUAGAAAUAGAAUAGUUUGAUCUUGAUAAAGCAGUGCUUUCCUAUGUAUGGUCUGCAGGGAUAUGAAGUAACUAACAAGUGGUCUAUAAAGCAGACAUUAUAUUUUCAUGAUACACAUGCAUCUCAGCUCAUAGUAAGCUACUGUCAAUUCUAAAAUUUUGAUCCAGAGAGUUUACAAAUAACCCCAAAGACACAUGGAGCUAAUUGCUGUCUUUUGUUCUUUAAGAGACUUAUGAUAUGUUAUUAUUUACACUAAAAAAAAAUACAUGCUUUAAUGAAGCAAAUGCUUGAUUCCUCUAAUUAGUGAUAAAGUAACGAAUCAUACAGUUAAUUCCCAAAUUACAUAAGUAAAAAACACUGAUUAUUAAAUUAUUAAAAGGUUUUACUCUUUACUAGUCAAACAUAAUAAUUAACUGUAUCACUGUGAUUUCAAUUGGCAUGAUAAAGUGUGCAGUUGAAAUCACUGUCCGCCAAGAAUAAAGACUUAUGAUUUUGGGAACUAACAGAUUAAAUGAGAGUUACAUACUACUGCUCCUGGCUUGCUCUCUGAUCCAUUUGACAUCAUUGAAAUUUCUUAUGACAUAUGUGCUACUUAGAAAACUAUCAGAGUAUGCCCUUAAAAUUAGAUGUUGUUCCCAGGUGUCACAGCUUAUGUGUCACAUAAGUUUAUGUGACAGUGUCACAGCUUAUCUCAUCCAGUAGCUUUUAGUCUUUGAGGUUUACUUCUACAGAAUAGUUUGAGAAGUAAUUUUGGUUUGACAAAAUUUUUACUCGUUUAUACCGAUUUGCAAACUUCCCUUAAAUGUUAAGCAAGUUUAAGAAAUGUAAGAGAAGGUGUUAAAAUCAAAGCAGAUUAGAUCAAAACUGGUAAUCUGUGAGAAAUCCUAAUUCUCUAUUGCUCUUAAUCAGCUACAACUGAAAGUCAUAUUGAAUUAGUAUAUUACCACUUAUAAUAAU